CCUGUCCUGUGCCAGGUCAAAAUGUUCGCUGUGAGAGGGCUCCAGAGGCUAAAGCCUGUUUUAUCACCACACGGAAACACAAGUGUAAGAAGUCUUACGGCCGCUUCAGAUGUAGUCCAACAUAAAGACAGCAUGCUCGUUAAGACAGAAAACCCGUUCAAAGAGCCUCAGAAAGGAUGUAUUCUCUGCAACGUCACCGUGGACUUCAAAAACAUUCAGCUGCUCUCGCAGUUCAUCUCACCCCACACGGGCAGAAUUUAUGGUCGACACAUCACAGGUUUGUGCGGAAGAAAACAGAAGGAAGUUUCCAAAGCUGUAAAGAGAGCUCAGUCGAUGGGCUUCAUGUCGGUGACACACAAACAUCCAGAGUUCAUCAGGGACCCCAACAUCUGCGGGAUCAAACACGUGCAUUAGUGCCCGGCGGCGUCACACAAGAAGUUUCUUUAUGUGAGAAAUGAAUUGAGGAAUAAACAGCAGUUCUCACAGCAGCAGCUCUCACUUUAUUUAUUUCUGAAAAUGAAACCAAACAAAGAGGAUGAGCUCAGUCUCUGGUGGAUCUUCAGCCUUUUAUUCUCACGAUGCUGAAACCAGAUGUGGAUUAAAAGCAGCGUCACGAGUCUUUGGUUCCUCUGAGGCGACUGAAAUCUGCUGAGUCAUCAUCAUCUGUUUCCAUGACGUUUGUCCACAGACCGAUCAGCUGACAGCUGCACGAAACACUGGAAUGUAACUAAGUACAUUUACUCAACUACUGAAGUACAAAUUUUAGAUACUGCAACUUUAGACUUGUAAUCCACUACUUUUGUCUGACAGCUUUAGUUACAGUUACUUUCCAGAUUCCUUCCUGUCCGGUGAAAAGCUCGUACCUCCAGAUGUUGUUCUGUUUAAAAAAUGCAGCAUCCACAUUAAUGCAGCAGGAAUUUAUAUCCACAAACAUCAGAUAUGAUGAGAAACACUGACAGGAACGUUUUACUGCUGCAUCAACACUUUUACUUUAAGUACUUUU